AUGUCUUCCGCCGCCGUCUUCCGCAACUCUGCUGUCCGCUCUGCUCUCAGAGCCAGCGCUCCCUCUGCCACCAAGCGUGCAGCUAUCGCUAGCACCACCUUCACCCGCGGCAAGGCCACUCUUCCCGACCUGCCCUACGACUAUGGCGCUCUCGAGCCCGCCAUCAGCGGCCAGAUCAUGGAACUCCACCACUCCAAGCACCACAACACCUACGUUACUUCGUUCAACACUGCUUCCGAGAAGAUGGAGGAGGCUCGCGCAAAGAACGACAUCCAGACCCAGAUUGCUACCCAGCCUCUGAUCAACUUCCACGGUGGCGGUCACGUUAACCACACUCUCUUCUGGGAGAACCUUGCCCCCAAGUCGCAGGGCGGUGGUGAGCCUCCAUCAGGCGCACUCUCCAAGGCCAUCGACACACACUACGGCAGCCUCGAUGCCAUGAAGCAAAAGUUCAACGCCGCUCUUGCCGGCAUCCAGGGUUCUGGCUGGGCUUGGCUGGUCCAAGACACCCAGACUGGCGCCAUCCAGAUCAGAACCUACGCCAACCAGGAUCCCGUUGUCGGCCAAUUCAGACCUAUCCUUGGCGUCGACGCUUGGGAGCACGCCUACUACCUCCAGUACCAGAACAAGAAGGCCGAGUACUUCAACGCCAUCUGGGAUGUUAUCAACUGGAAGGCUGCCGAGAAGCGCUUCCAGUAAGCGAUUCGCUGCAUCCGCUCAUGCUAUAAUGACACCCCUAAUUACACCUUGUACUGUAUAUAGUCGUAUAUGAAAGGCAUCCGCCGUCUCUCCUGAUCACCUACCAAUCUACCAACCCAACGUUAGUUGGAGCCUUUUCAGUUCAGGCUCGUUGGAGAUGUAGUAGAAGACCGGCAAUCCGCGGUCGGAAAAUGUCGUAGACAGAGGCAUAGCUAAACAUUCUUCGAUAACCACUUACCAUAGGCUACAAGGGCUUAGAAAAUCGCCUAACCCAC